AUGGCCUGGACCGGCCUUGAAAUCAAUACACUCGCCAUCCUGCCAUUAAUCUCAAAAUCCCACCACCCACGAGCCAUUGAAGCCGCCACUAAGUACUUCCUAACCCAAAACUCUGGCAGCACAGGCAGCCCUUCAGCAUUGCCCGGCAGUCCGACCUGUGCUGGUCCCGCAGCGCAGCAGCAUCUCGGGGGCGCUCCCCGAGCCCGCAGGGCCGGGCGGGCCCUGGCUCUGACACCCCCGGCACCGGCCCUUGCCCUGCUCCUCGCCUCUCAGCCCGGUGCUCUGACACCCCCGGCACCGGCCCUUGCCCUGCUCCUCGCCUCUCAGCCCAUGGCUCUGACACCCCCGGCACCGGCCCUUGCCCUGCUCCUCGCCUCUCAGCCCGGUGCUCUGACACCCCUGGCCCUUGCCCUGCUCCUCGCCUCUCAGCCCAUGGCUCUGACACCCCCGGCACCGGCCCUUGCCCUGCUCCUCGCCUCUCAGCCCGGUGCUCUGACACCCCUGGCACCGGCCCUUGCCCUGCUCCUCGCCUCUCAGCCCAUGGCUCUGACACCCCUGGUACCGGCCCUUGCCCUGCUCCUCGCCUCUCAGCCCGGUGCUCUGACACCCCCGGCACCGGCCCUUGCCCUGCUCCUCGCCUCUCAGCCCAUGGCUCUGACACCCCUGGUACCGGCCCUUGCCCUGCUCCUCGCCUCUCAGCCCGGUGCUCUGACAGCCCUGGCCCUUGCCCUGCUCCUCGCCUCACAGCCCCGGCGCCAGCGCCAGGGGCUGAGCAGCCACAGUUCCCAGCACAGAGGCACCGUGACAGCAUCUGGAAUGGAAAACGGGACCUGA